CUUCAGUUUAGGAAGUUGCUGCUGCUGGUGGGACAGAGUUGUGAAUAACAGGCCUCAGCGUGUAUCUCAAGUAUUUACUAAUAGAAGCAGCAUGGGGGGUGGAUUGAAACUAGACAUAACCAGUUCUACCUGCUGCUAAUUCAUUAUAUGUAAAAACGUGGGGCAGUAGGAUUAAUAGAGCCGUGUGAAGUACUGGCGGGCCUCAGCGUCCCUCACGUCAAGUCAUUUGCUGCUGCUCUACAGGAAGUGGUCUCACACGUUCCCAAUACGUCAGGGCACAGCGAGGCCUUUUCACAUAGACUACAGACCGCCUCUUCCCCUCCAUCGCUUGGUCACUAUCGGGACAAAGAACGCGCCUUCUGAGAACCUUCAUCAAGAGACUGUGACGGCAGCAUUGAGUCAACACUAGAGGACACACACGGGGCUUUUUGGGAAGUGCCGGAAUGGGAUGGCUCAUGUAACAAGGUUAUUCAGUCUUCACUGGGUGAAGCAAAGGGUCUACUCAGCUGUACAUUCCACCCGAGGGAACAGCCAACUGCCAAGAGCGAUGGGGGGUCACAACAGUGUUCAGUUCAGCGGCAUUCCCCAAGGGAGAGGGCCUCACGCUGUGGGCUGCACGGACUUUAUGAGUGGCCCUAAUAUUCAGGGAAGCUUCUUUCGCCUGUAUUACCCCAGCGCAGAGGUUGGUGAUUAUGAAGAGCCUUUAUGGAUUCCCAGGAAAGAAUAUUACCUUGGUCUCGCUGACACACUCAAGCUCAAUCGCUUUGUAGUCAAUUUCUUCUUGUGCUACUACUUUGGAUCAGUGAAAUCCCCUGCAAGAUGGAACGCACCUUUCAAACCGGGGGAAAAAUAUCCCUUGAUUAUAUUUUCCCAUGGGUUGGGAGCAUUCAGGACCCUGUAUUCUGCUAUAUGCAUUGACCUGGCAUCUCAAGGCUUCGUAGUUGCUGCGGUGGAGCACCGCGAUCGAUCGGCCUCUGCAACCUACUACCUGCAAGAGAGGUCGCCGAGUGACCCGUCUCUGGAAGAGGUUUGGCUCUACAAUAAGAUCCUAAAACCAGGGGAAGAUGAAUUUCCUCUGCGUGUUCAACAGGUCAAUCAAAGAGCUGAGGAGUCUUUACGAGCCCUAGAUAUUAUCCUCGACUUCAAUGCUGGGAAGCGCACAGCCAACUUAUUGCCUUCGGAUUUUGACUGGAGCUUAUUAAAGGAGUCUAUUGACGUGCAACGAAUAGCUGCCGUCGGCCACUCGUUUGGAGCUGCAACUGCAAUAAAAUCUCUGGGCCGUGACUCCAGAUUCAGGUGUGGGGUGGCUCUGGACGCCUGGAUGUUUCCCUUGAAAGACGAAAUCUUCUCUAACAUCCACCAACCCGUGUUAUUCGUGAACUCGGAAAAGUUCCACUGGGUCAAUAACAUCUUAAUCAUGAAAAAAAUGGACUCCACCAGCGUUGAGAGGAAGAUGAUAACAAUUAAGGGGGCCGUGCACCAGAGCUUCCCAGACUUCACAUUUCUGACUGGUAAUGUACUUGGGAAUUUAUUCAAAUUAAAAGGAGAAAUCAAUCCUUACGUGGGGAUGGAUAUAAUAAACCACGUCACAUUAGCCUUCCUGCAGAGACACUUAGAUCUUCAGAAAGACUUUAACCAAUGGGACGAUUUAAUCGAUGGUAAAGGGGAGUUUCUCAUGCCUGGCACCAACCUUGAUUUGCCCCCAGCAGAGACUCCCCAAUGACACUCACAGGGAACCUCCUACAGAAAAGACUUUGGACUUGGUGCUAAACUUUAAUAUUGUGACACCACUCUGCCCCCUAGUGGUAGAGAUGGGGAUGAAUCACUAACUCAGUAACAGACUUGUGACACUACAAUUUUUCUCUCUAUUCAGAGGGCAAUUUACCCUUUUACAUUGGACCUGCCCUGGUAAAUGCCAGAGGGGCUGCUGUAAGUUGCCAUAUACAUGUUAUAUUUAGUGGGCUAGUAGGGGGCUGUUUGGGCCAUCAGAGCCUAUUUUGAUUCCCAGUCCAGACCUGAUACAGAACAUGUACUAAUGCCGGGCAGGUUCAUGGUCCCAUUAAAGGGGUUGUUCACCUUUUCUAUAACUUUAGUAGGAUGUAGAUAUUGAUAUUCUGAGACAAUUUGCAAUUGGUUCCCAUUUUUUAUUAUUUGUAGUUUUUGAGUUAUUUCGCUUUUUAU